GGCGGGGGCGGGCCCAGAGACGGGGAUGCAGUCCCCGGGCCGCGGGCGGCUGGAAGCACCGGGCCGGGGGCUGGGGUGGGACCGGCGGGUGCCAUGGAUCUGCUCUCGGCGCUGAGCCUAGGCGAGCUGGCGCUCAGCUUCUCGCGUGUACCGCUCUUUCCGGUCUUCGACCUCAGCUACUUCAUCGUCUCCAUUCUCUACCUCAAGUAUGAGCCAGGAGCAGUCGAGCUGUCCCAGCGCCACCCCAUGGCGUCCUGGCUGUGCGCCAUGCUGCAUUGCUUCGGGAGUUAUAUCCUGGCAGAUCUGCUUCUCGGGGAGCCCCUGAUCGACUACUUCAGCAACAAUUCCAGCAUCCUGCUGGCCUCCGCCGUCUGGUACUUGAUUUUCUUCUGCCCCUUGGACCUCUUUUACAAAUGUGUCUGCUUCCUGCCUGUGAAGCUCAUCUUCGUGGCCAUGAAGGAGGUGGUGAGAGUCCGCAAGAUCGCAGUGGGCAUCCACCAUGCGCACCACCACUACCACCACGGGUGGUUCAUCAUGAUCGCCACCGGCUGGGUCAAAGGCUCAGGUGUUGCCCUCAUGUCCAACUUUGAGCAGCUGCUGCGAGGGGUCUGGAAGCCGGAAACCAACGAGAUCCUGCACAUGUCCUUCCCCACCAAGGCCAGCCUGUACGGAGCCAUUCUCUUCACCCUGCAGCAGACCCGCUGGCUCCCGGUGUCCAAAGCCAGUCUUGUCUUCACCUUUACCGUGUUCAUGGUGUCCUGUAAGGUGUUCCUGACGGCCACUCACUCACACAGCUCCCCUUUUGAUGUUCUGGAAGGCUACCUCUGCCCUGUGCUGUUCAGGCCAGUCUGGGGAGGCAACCAGCAUGACAACCAUGGCAGGCCCCACGGAGGCAGUGGGCCCAGCUCCCCACACUCAGCCCUGUCCACCAAGCCCAAGGAGGAGCUGAGUGAGGGCUCCAGGAAGAAGAAGACCAAGAAGGCGGAUUAGCGGGGUGGUCCAGGGGCCCACAGGGCACUGGGGAGGAGACCUGGACCCUCAGAGCUGGGGUGGGUGGGCAUCUUGGGCUCAGCUCUCCCCUCUUUGGGCCUCGACUUCCCCAUCUGCAAGCUGGGGCCAUCAGCGGGGCUGAUGACGGGGGCUAAAUAAGAUGUGGGGGUGAAGGGCAUUUGUAGGAACUGAGGGUCCUGCUCUGUCUUCCCGGCCUCCAUAGAGUCCCAGGCUGGGGUGGGGGGGAGGCACAGAGUCCCAGCAGCAGCUCCAGCCAGAAACCCUGGUAGUCAUAUUCUUGAUUCUGUUACUUCCUCUCUAAAAUCGCGUUCUUGACCCUGGAAGAAUUUCAAGCCACGUUGAGACAUCGUUGGACAGACGUUUCCCAAGUAUCUGCCAUGAGGCAGCUGCUAUGACUUCGUCUUUUUCUUGCCAGCUCCUCCGGAGCAAACCUGGGCCUUGCGUUCCCUGUGUGUGGCGCAGGCCCCUGGUCCUCCUUUGUACAAAAGAACUGACGUGAGGCUAGACGCCAGCCAGCCCUAUAAACUCACAAGCAUCGUGCAGCCAGCAGAGAGGUCAAAGUGAAGGCAUAAAACAGGAUGUUGGCAGGCCUGAGAGUAAGUUCUGGUUUUGCUCCUAACUUGCCAUGUGACCCUGGGCAAACCCCACCUUAUUAAAUGGAAAUGUUGGAAUAGGUCAAGAGUAGGAAAGUUUUAUGGCCCAUGGGCCAAAUCUGGCCCACUCUCUGUGUUUGUGAAGUUUUAUUGGCACACAGCCACAUUCAUUCGUUUACGUAUUGUCUGUGGAGUCUCUCAAGCUACAACAGACUUAAAGGCAUCACAACCGACACUGUCUGGCCCACAGAGCUGAGAGUAUUGGCCUCCUGGCCGUUCACAAGAAAAGUUUGCCCAUCCCUGCACUGGAUGAUUUUUAAGCCCCCUCUCUGUGGGUGAAAUCGCAGUAUUUCCAGAAUCUCUAGCCUGGCCUUAGUGCCUCUCCUUAUCAAGAGAGAUUCACAAGGAGUGGUGAGAAGGAGAGGUGAUACAAGGGUGGGGGGUGGUUUACAGGAAGAGGUGAUUACAAGGGUCGCGGGAGCGAGGGUGUAUCUGAGCUGGAGAGGUUUGGUCAGGCCUCCUUUUUACAGCUGGGUGGCGAGAACACAGGCGAGCAGAAGUGGACUGUUUGUAGGCAAUAAACAGGUUUCUCCCACUUUA